GAUGCAGCCUGGCCACAGCCACACACUCUCCCAUUGCUCCCUCCUUUUCAUUUCCUUUAAAUACAUCCCCUCAAAAAUCUCACCGUCAUUUCCCAUACCCAAUUUUUUUUUUUCCUUCAAAGAAGCAACGAAUAAAGUUAACAAAAGAAUAAGAAAUACCAGUGAAUUUUGGAAAUGGCAGGAAGAGUAGAUCUGGAUGGAAAUCCAAUAAAGCCAAUUACGAUAUGUAUGAUUGGUGCUGGUGGUUUUAUUGGGUCACAUCUAUGUGAGAAAUUGAUGUCUGAGACACCACAUAAGGUGCUAGCUGUUGAUGUUUACAAUGACAAAAUCAAGCACUUGCUUGAACCGGCUACUCUUACAUGGGCUGGUCGCAUCCAGUUUCACCGUAUCAAUAUUAAGAAUGAUUCUCGUCUUGAAGGCCUUAUCAAGAUGGCAGAUCUGACCAUCAAUCUUGCUGCGAUCUGCACUCCAGCUGAUUACAACACUCGUCCACUUGACACUAUCUACAGCAACUUCAUUGAUGCUCUUCCAGUGGUGAAGUACUGCUCUGAAAAUGCAAAGCGUCUUAUUCACUUUUCCACCUGUGAAGUUUACGGGAAAACAAUAGGUGCCUUUUUACCCAAAGACAGCCCAUUGCGUCAGGAUCCUGCUUACUAUGUGCUUAAAGAAGAUGAAUCCCCUUGCAUUUUUGGACCCAUUGAGAAGCAGAGGUGGUCCUAUGCCUGUGCAAAGCAAUUGAUUGAGAGGUUGAUAUUUGCUGAGGGUGCUGAGAAUGGCUUAGAAUUCACAAUUGUAAGGCCGUUCAAUUGGAUUGGUCCCAGGAUGGAUUUCAUUCCUGGCAUUGAUGGUCCUAGUGAGGGUGUUCCGAGGGUGUUAGCUUGCUUUAGUAAUAACCUUUUAAGACGUGAACCACUGAAACUAGUGGAUGGUGGGGAAUCACAGAGAACUUUCAUAUAUAUCAAGGAUGCUAUUGAGGCUGUUCUCUUGAUGAUCGAAAAUCCUGCGAGGGCCAAUGGCCAUACUUUUAAUGUGGGCAACCCUAACAAUGAAGUUACUGUGCGCCAGCUAGCUGAAAUGAUGACCAAGGUUUAUUCGAAGGUGAGUGGAGAAUCUUCUCUUGAAACGCCUACCAUUGAUGUAAGUUCCAAAGAAUUUUAUGGAGAAGGGUAUGAUGACAGUGACAAAAGAAUUCCGGAUAUGACUAUUAUCAACAAACAGCUUGGUUGGCACCCGAAGACAUCCCUAUGGGACUUGCUCGAAUCCACACUCACGUACCAACACAGGACGUAUGCUGAGGCUAUCAAGCAGGCCAUGUCAAAGACAACUGCAAAUUGAGUGAAGGCGGAGUAGUUCUCGAGGACGUGCUGCUUGUCGGCAGGUCUUUCAAUUGCUUUACAGAAUCUAUCCAAGUGAAUCUUCUUGGUUCAGUUCUCAAAAUACGGAACUUCUUUUUGCCACUCACGUUUUGAAAAUCUAUAAUAGCUGACGUUGUAAGCAUCAUGUAUUUUAUCUUCUUGAGUUGUGACAGCAGUCAUUAGGAAAUUGUGUCAUAGGUCGAUGUAAUGUUACUGGAGAGUUGUCAACAACAGUUAUCAGGCAUAAAAUGAAGGGAAGCCUGUAAUGUCCUUUUAAUAUUUCGUUGUCAAUUCAUUUUAUUCUUCUAUAUGAAAACACAUCUUGUAUCAUUUUUUAGACCUGCUGCCUCCAGUGGUCAUUUGUUCAUCUAUAUAGAUUGUCCUUUCUAACCGA